AUGUCCACAAACCCAGAUGUAACGGGAGAUGCUCGAGAAUUACACAGCGCACAAUCACCACGUUCCAACCCUCUAGAACAAUUUGAAGAUACCCACGAAACUGAAUACUAUGCGCCACAGCAGCAGGACGACGCGCCUGAUGAGGAAGACAUACCAUACCUGGAGCCUAGCUCUGAACAAACACUCCUGCCACCACCAAACUUCAAACCCUUCUUCACACUAGUAGAAGAUACCGUUUCAGGAGAGCACUACCACCCCUAUGUCCAUUACCUUUUUGCUGAUGACGACCCGAUCGUUGUGACUGCUGCAUCGAUGCGCAGUCUGGGACUAGACGAAACAAAGUACCUACCGCGAGAUGCAGAAGAGGAGGAAGAGCGACAGCGGCUACGAGACAUCGAAGGUGUGGAUGAGCAAGAUUUACCCUUUGACUCUCCGCUCCCGCCACCAAUAGCCGGCGUCAAGGAGCAUUACCUCAUUAUAGACGUCGGAGCCGACGGACGCACAAUCGAAGAUGCACAAUCACUCUCCUCAGCAUGGCAGAUUACAAACACUGACGUUCGCAUCGCACCUUCGUUCGACGAGAGCUCGCCGGAUCAAGGCUUCAUGCUGCGAGUCGAAGGCGUCGAGUUGCCGAGGAAGACAAAGGGCAAGGGCAAAGGGCAAGCUGGGCAGGAUAAAUUGAAAGAGGCAAGGGAUCAGAGUCAGGGCGAUAUUUUCGCAGCUUUGCAUGGCUUGGUUCAAGGCAUCGAGCGUGGGCUGGAGACGGCUGGCAAGAUAUCCGGCGUUGCUCCAAAGCAGGCGGAGGAAGUUGCGCCACCCGAUGAUCUACAGAGCGAGGGUGGAUGA